GCUUGUUGUUGGUGGCUGGGGAGGAUAGUGGUGUGUCCAGCCUGUGUGAUCUGUACGGCCUACUGUGGUCUGCAUGGCCUACCUAGGCUGUAACGUGUGUCAGCAGAGUGUAGGUUGAUUCAAGAAGACGCCAGCAGCCAUUAUUACUGCCAUAUUACUCUCAUCAGUUCCUGUACAAUAAAACACAAUUCAGGCUCCGUCCACUCUAGUUUAUUAUCAUUGGUCGUGUCAGCAAGACGCAAGUGUUCCUCAUCACUGCUCAUCAAGCCUGGUAGUAAUGUAGCAACAUUACCUCACGUCCCACCACAGUGCACUGUCGUCCUCACACACACACACUGCCUUGGUUAUCAUAACCUGCAUUGUGAUGAUCUCCACCACUUCGCAUGGUCUACAAACUUUCAAGCAGUCAAGUGACGCUUCACCGAUUCUAAAUGAAUCUUCCCUACGUACCCUGAAAGCUCAUUACAUACUCUGCUUUGGCCUCUGCAAUUGUUGCAUUCUUUGAAUAUACCGCUGCUGCUUCAGCCGUGUGGAUCACUCCGCGCCAGGAGUGGAGGAGGCUCGAUCCUCCGUCCGGUCUGGCCAGUCAGGCUGCUUGGUCAAUGGCUGCAGUCUUCCGUGGCCUCUAUUCCUGUCUGCGGAAGAUCCUUGCUACACACUAUAUGCGGCAUCAAGAGUUUCUUCCACUGUGGCACUACGAUGGCACUGCUGCCUUGUUCCCAGCACUGAUGUCGCCUCCCUCCCUGCUCUUCUGAUAUUAGUCUCAUUAGUGUUUACACCUGAUCUUUGCCAUUGUGUGUACCUUAUUGUGGCCACUUGCCCACAACCUCACUGACCACCUCUACUGAUGCCUCUUCAAGAGCCUCACUGAUGCGUCCCCUGCACCCCAUUUGUUGUGGGCUCAGCACCCCCUCCAAUGCCUCCACCGAGGGCCUUCCCCCACCUCGCAACACUGCCACUGCACCACCUACUUCCGUCACCUCGGCGUUAGCCACUGAAAUGUCCGAUGGCGCCAGCGACCUCAAUGAUUCCGAGCCCGUAGAUUCUAGUAGUAAUGGCCCGGCGGUGGCACUUAUAUCACACAGUGCUGAAACCAACAGUUCCCCCGGUCACGGGGUUUCAUUCUUGCAGCCGGUGACGUCCCCACCUACCCCCAGCGCCCCUCUUGCUGAGGAAGAGGACGUGGGUGGCUCAACACCCGCAUCUCUAAGGUCCCCCAUGAACACUGCCGGCCACCAUGACCCUUCAAACUUGCCUGGGUUUCAUGCCUGUGGUCUUGAAUCCCUGUUGGCGCCGUCAGUGCCUCCAGCAGACGACACUGACAGCCCUGCCUUCACCUACGGGCCCAGCGCCCCUGAUCUGCCCCCGUAUUCUGAGAAAUUUGACCGUCCAGGUCAAAGGUCAAACACGAACUUUGCAAGCCAGACGCCGACUAGAAGUGUGCCUGCUAUCCACCCGAAGGUGCGGGAGGUGCGUGUGGGUGUGAAUCUGGUGCGUGCCGCCAGGAGAUUGUUGUCGUUCCUGGCAGGUGUGGACUCCCAACCAGGACUCUACCGUGGUCCCCUCGUCACACAGGCACUCCGCAGGUAUGAGGAGUGUUGGCUGCCACUGGUGGGAGGUGGGGAGUGCACUGGUGCGGCUCCUCCCGUGGAUGUGCACUGGGUGUGGCUGGUGCACAUGUUGGCUCCUCAACACUACCACCAAGACUGUCUCAACCUCACUGGCACCCUCGUCCCUCACCGCCUCAUGACACGCAAGGUACACCCGCUGGUGUACAAGCAGGACACUGAGACGCUGUUGGGCAAGAUCCUUCCCCACGACGACUCUGUCAAUGACAGGUCCCCCGGCUCCAGACUGAUGUCGUCAGACGUUGAAACACGUGCCCUGUGGAGCUCAGUGUAUGGCAGUACCUUCAGGAGGGAGGGGUCCAUGUACCGUAGUGACCCACCACCCUCCUACCUCACACCCCUUCCCCAGGAGGUGUUACACUCCGCCCAUGCUUCCAUGUAUCACUGUCAGAUCAACAAGUUGGUGAUCUUGGGCAAGGCUCCGGAUGGACCCAUCAAAAUCAAAAUCAAACACGAGAUGAGGAAGGUGGCAGAGCUGAGUGUGUUCCACGAGCAGGAGAAGGGUAUGUCUGAACACAAUGUGGCAGACCUUGGUUUAUCCUUCUCUCUCCAUGACCAUAUGGUCAGUGACUGGUUGGUGCUCAAAAUGUCUCCAAAAAGAAGAUUUAGCCGAUUUAUGAAGUUAUUUGGCCAUGGUAAUUUCUGGUGCAUGGCCUAUCUUAAUGAACUGCAUGACAUCAAAACAGAAGGUACAAUUGUCAAGGAAUUUGAAGAUGCUGGUGCUAUAGUUCAAGUAACUCUGCGGGUGGUGUCAAGUACAAUUAAUGCUUUUGUGCCGUUAGGGGUCCUCACUGGUCCCUUUAUGCCCACACUGCUGGAUCCUGCAGCCUUAACACACAUGCAAGGCAUUGUCACCAAUAACCACGACUCAUCUAACGAUAUCUUUCUGGCUGAGAUGGCAACUCAUCGUUUGAUAAAUGAAACAAAAUACAGUAAGCCACAAGUCUUGGAAGUGGAGGUGUACCAUUCUCGCAACCUGAUGAUGUCUGCGAUUCGUGUUUAUGCUGAAGGUGCAUCAGGACGUAGUCUGGUGGCCCUUGCUCACACUCUAGAUGCCAACACACUGCCUUCUCCAGCCACUCUCAAAUGCAAAACUCCAAAUAUGGUAAAUGAAAUUCCAUUGUGUGACCUCAAUGCUGGUGAGCGAGCAAUGAUCAUUAAGACAGCAAAUGGAGACUGGGCAGUACUGGUGGCUUACUGGGCAGGACUGAAGCAGGGUACACCAGGUUCACUAUCAAAACGUGGUGUUCGGGGAAGCCCAGGUUACCGUAUCCGUGUGCAUUCACCUUCAGCACCAGCAUGUGUCAUUACUCUGCCAUAUGAACAGCAACUCUACAGUUACAACAUUAAAGAUAUUUAUGUUAAAAUGCAAGAUGGCAUUUUUAAGGUGAAUGGAAACACACAGGAGUGGAUAGAGACGUGGCUUUGGGACUGAGUGUGACUGUACUACACAUUUUGUGUCA